AAGCAAGAGCAGUAUUGUGAGCAGCAUGUUUCAUGCAACCCGCAAUACACGCGCCAAAAACACGUUUUCUUUCGUUUUCAUCAACAAUAAUAGUUAAAUAGUUAUAAUUUAUAACAAAUUACCAUCUCGAAACCACUCUUCUUGUUACUACCAUGGCUGACGAAGAAUAUGAUGGAGAUGGAGAUAUCGGAGACGACUUUGAGGAUGACGUUGAGGAUGAAAACAUUGAAGAAUUAGAACAACCUGAAGAAGAGGGUGAUAAUAUAGAUAUUCUACAACCUGGACAAGCUGGCGGCGGGGUGCCGAAAAACAAACGGAUAACAACGAAAUACAUGACGAAAUAUGAACGCGCUCGGGUGCUGGGCACGCGUGCAUUACAGAUAGCAAUGUGUGCACCAGUAAUGGUAGAACUUGAUGGUGAAACAGAUCCACUACAAAUUGCUAUGAAGGAGUUAAAAGCCCGGAAAAUUCCCAUUAUUAUUCGACGAUAUCUACCAGAUAACUCAUAUGAAGAUUGGGGCAUUGAUGAACUUAUUAUUAUAGACCAUUAAUUAUACAUACUAUUUUUUUAAGAAAUAAAAGAAAUUUAGCUAUAAA